AUGGUUGCAGCACAACUCUCUGCAGUCCACUGGGAGACUGGGUGGUCUUUAUAUCGACCUCUGUGGAGUCGAGGGGAGACGGUAAGAGAGUCAUGUUCAGCAACAGAUUCUGCUCCCCCAACUUUCCCCGUUCGCGGGGUCUCUGGACCUGGACUCGUACCUCUUGAGGAACUACUCUAG